GAUUGAUUUUCUUUUAAAUUGCUAUUAAUGAUUUUGCCAAUUGAAUUAAUGGGAAUCUAAAGUGGUCUGUUAUUAGAAGAAAUUUUUGAUUAUGGAAAAAUUAAAGUGUUUUCUAAAAAAAACUUAAAACGCUCUCGAGAAAUAUCUCUCUCUCUCGAUGCAAUGUUAGGGUUCUGAUUUGGUCUCCGAUUGCGGUAAGGACUAGUAAUGGCGAAUCUCACCUUGAGAUUCUGGUUGGUUCUCUCUGGUUUAUCCUUUCAGGAUUCCCCUGAUUUCGGUUUCUCGGUAACGAAUCUGAGUUUCCCCGUGUUGGGGAUCUUGGAAUUUCGAUGGGAUUUUCUUGGUGUUCCGAUGGAGAGGGAAAGAAGGGGAGCGAAUCUUUGAACGCGGAUCUUUCGUUUGGAUUUCUUCCGGUGUUGAUUACGGUUUGUCCCUAUCGGAUUUGUUUCGAUUGAUAUGGAGGUUUUCGGCUGUGAUUACGGAGGUUGGGGCUGAGUUGCUGGGGGAUUCUUUGGUGUUACAAGUUUCCUUUAUCUGGUUACGAUUGGAGCUCGAGUUCAGAUGGUCAAUCACGAAAUCAUCGUUCGGGUAAUUGCGGAUUACUUUCGUGAUCGUCGUUUUAAGGGUCGAUACGAUUGAGAUGUUCGGAACUGGUUAUAAAAGGGUUUCAAGGUGUCUUCUGAGAAGUUGUCGGGGUCUGGUGGUAAGCUCAAGAUCAAGGUUCCACGGUUCGAUAACUCUGCGCUAAUCGAAGGGUAUGCUAAGACCCUCAUUGGUCGUUGUAUGAAUCCUGCGAUGCAGGACAUGAAGGCUCUGCUGUUCAUGUUGCCAAAAAUUUGGAAGAUUGAAGAGAGGGUCGUGGGUGCGGAUCUGGGAAUGGGGCGUUUUCAUUUUGAUUUUGAUCAAGAAGAAGAUAUCCUGGAGGUUUUGAAAAUGGAACCUCAUCAUUUUGAUCAUUGGAUGCUUUCCCUGGUUAGGUGGGAGCCAGUGGUGGAUCACAGGUAUCCUUACCUCAUUAAAUUUUGGGUGCGUAUUAUGGGAGUGCCGCUUCAUUUUUGGGCUGAUGAGACUUUCCGUAGCAUUGGUUCUGACUUGGGGGAGGUUGUGGAGGUUGAUAUUGAUAAUGGUCGGGUUCAGGUCUUGUUUGAUGGUUUUAAACCAUUGGUGUUUGAAGCUUCUGUCGAGUUUCAUAGUGGUGAAGAAACGUCGGUGACUCUGAGGUAUGAGAGGUUAUAUGGUUAUUGUCGACGGUGCUCUAGUUUGUGCCAUGAUGUAUCCCGUUGCCUUUUGUUUGGUAAUACUGGGAAACAACUACAGGCUAGUGGACCUGAUCCUCGUCCCGAGGAUAAGCUUCAAAGCUAUAAGGGAGCAGUUGCUAGUGGUUCUAAUCCUGGUCCUGGUUCAGGUGCGCGUGGGGCUCGGUCGGGGGCUCCUCCUCAGGGCUCUGCUGCAGGAAGUGGACAGGGUGCAGGAGGUGUUCAGGCUGACAUUUAUCGUCACAAACAGGGGUUUGGGCACAAAUCAAAAAGGGGACGUAGGGAAUUUCACCCUAAGGAACAGGUCGCACAACAGGUUUCGAUGGCUGGUUCUACUGUCCCGGUUGCUGGUGCGGGAGUUGGUCCAUCUUAGGGUACUGAUGGGGACGUGGGGAUUCAUCUUUCAGUUACAGAGCAAACGAUGCUUGAUGCUUUCUUGGGUUCUGCUACGGAGGAGAUUGUCGCUCCACUUGCUCAGUCUAUGGUUCAGGGUGCCCUUCCUUCGACUACAGAGGUUCUUUCUUUAUCUGGUGAGGACAAACGGGUGUGUAAGAAUCUUUUUCCUGCUUCUGAAAACCAGAAUGUCACCACUCGUGGGGUCAUGGUUCAGGACCAGCAGGAGGAUCUCUUCUCUGCUGCUUUGAGUGAUCUGCUGGAUCAGGAGUUUCCUCUUCCUGAUACACGAGAGUUAGGGGGUAUGGCCCCUAUUUUGGAGGAGCACGGGAUCGUACCUGAGUUAUCCUCUGAGGAAAACUCCUCCUUAGCUGAAGAGGAGGUGACUUUUGUAACCAAGGAUUGUGGUUCAGGCGCUUCCCAAGUUCAAGAUUUGCAAGGGGAAGCUGGUUCUGUUGCUGUGGAGGGUGACACUACGGAUAUUGUGCAGAGAUUCGCAGCCAAGGAUGGGGUUCUACCAUCUCGGUCUAAGUUGGUCAAGAACAAAGGGAUCUUACCUGGUGCAAGCACUAAAAAACGGAAUCUGUACACCUUAGCCUCGCCGCGCAAGAAGUUUGGUACCUCGGUCUCAACUACGGGAGUGGGAAUGCAAGGGAACGCAGGUCCCAACCAAGGAGGGAAGCCUCCAACUAAUUUGGGUAGUUGAUGUUAAGCGUCUGUACGAGCUGGCAAGGGGAGGUGGUUUCGGUUCAUCUCACUCGUUUCUGGAGUUUAUUCUGUAAUAAGACUUUGUUCUGGUCCUUGUUGGUUUUUUUUAGUGUUUUUUCAUUCUCUUGUAUUGAAUAACACCACAAUGGGUGCUCCAUUGGUCUGCUUUUGUUUCUUGCUGUUGAUUCCCUUGUGUGGGUAUUUUAGGUUUGGUUUGUUUUCUUACGGUUGUAACCUUUUUAUAAGGACAUUAAUAAAACCUUGCUGGCUUCCUCUUUA